GCACGUGUCGCCGUUGCCUGCCUGUGCCGCUCGCUCGGCGGACGCGUGGGACUCGCCAUGCCAAAAGUAGCAAAGGGCAGAGGAGGAGGGCAAGAGAAAAAAGUCAUCCAUCCUUACAGCAGAAAGGCUGCUCAGCUUAUGAGAGAAGCACACAAACAGGAAAAAAAGGAAAAGUUGAAGAAUGAAAAAGCCUUGCGUCUGAGUAUUGUAGGAGAAAAAUUGCAAUGGUUUCAAAGUCACCUUGAUCCCAGCAAAGCAGACUACACAAAGAAAGAAGCCUGUGAACUAAUUGAAAAAUAUUUACAUCGAUUCAGUGAUGAACUGGAACAGAUUGAGUUACAUAACAGCAUUAAAGGCAGACAGGGAAGGCAGCACAGUUCCCGGGAGAUAAUCAUCAAACAGACCAUAGAGCAUGAAAGACAACUCUAUGAAGGAUAUGGGAUAGACAUUCCUGACAUUGUGAAUGGCAAACAUCUUAAUAUUUUCAGAGAAUGGGAUGGCGAUCUGAAGAAACUGCCAAACAUUAAAAUGAGAAAAGUCUCUACUAAAGAUGCUGUUUGCAGUAGGACAGAGGUGGCAAAUGGGGAAGCUGAAGAGGAAUUAGAUGCAGCAAAAGACACAGACUAAUGAGCACCAGCCAAUACAAAAGGUGAAACAGCUGAAAGGGACUGCCAGGAACCUAUUUGAACUAUCACUGGAAGCAAGAAUAAAGCUGGUAUUUUCAAUUAUAUUUGAGAAGACUUGGCUGGUUGAAUAUUUGAUUAGUUGGUUGUGCUUCACCCUGGCCUUAAGUUAUGUAGUGAAAUUUCAGCAAGCAGCAUGUUAGAUUCAGUGUGGUGCUUACUUAGAGAAAAACGAAUGAAGGCUUUAAAAUCUAAAACUUUCAAAAAAUCUCCAUUUUCCCCCUACCUCUUCCACCCUAGCUUGUCUUGAGAGUGCAAGCCCCUGGGUAUGGGUUGGUGGGGAAUAGUUAUCACUAGCCUAAUGGCUGUGGGACAGUGCACUCUCUGUGACUCACCUGUUUUGGCAAAUGUCAUGGGGAGGGGGGGCUGGAUUUUCUUGGUAGUGUCCACUCAUUGGAUGAUGAUAAUAGGAACAUAAAUGUCAUUUAAUUUUGAUAAGUAGGUAAGAUACUGUUAUACAGCAGACUACCUUUACCCAUAACUUGGUCCAUUACCUGUGGCCUCUAAGUUAAGAUAAAAUGGUACUAAAUAUGUGGCUUAAAUCUAUCCCCAUAGCCACCAUCUCCAGAUUUUCUUUACUGAGCCAGCAACCAGGCCCUCAGCAAAUUGUGCAUUUGCAGAUGGUGGCUGAUGCUCAGGUAAUGGCUUAGAGAAGCAGGCUUUCAUACAGCCUCAUGUUAACACACUUGAAAAGAGCAUCAAAAAUUGGAGGAAGGCUUUUGGAGCCUCCUGUAAAGCAUCCCUCCACCUCCCUUUGUGCCUAAUUUGGACCCAUCUUUCAGGAAAGUCCUUGUCAGACUUGAGAACAAGCAAAAGAGAGAACAGUAGGAAGAAUCUCCUUCUCUACCCACUUCCUUUAAGCGCACAGGCCCUGGCCUGUAACUAAGAAAAGUAUGUCAACCUAGAAGCAUAGUGUCCCAUUUAGUGAUAAGGGAUAUCCAUAACUUGAUCAUCAGAAGGGUUCCUAGAUCUACAACUGCAUGAACUCAAGAAAAGCCUUUAACUCUAGGGCUGUAGAGGCAGAAUGUAUUUCUGCCACUAAAAGCUAUGUGCCUAAAUUGACCAUUUUCUGAUGCUAGGGGUAGCCAGUUAACCAUUUUAUGUAAGAGAUUUUAUUGCCUUCAUUACAAAGACUGAGUUGAUCACUAAGCUGAGACACUGUUGGUUAUUUGGUGUGGCUUAGUAAAUAAAAUACUGGACUGAGGUUCAGGACACCUGGGUUCUCUUCCCAGCUUUACCACUGGCCUACUGGGUGACCCUGGUAAGUUACUUCCCUGUGUCUCAGUUUGCCUAUCUGUAAAAUGAGGAUGAUGAGGCUUAUUUCCCUUGUAAAGCACUUUGAGAUUGACAGAUGAAAAGUGAUGUGUAAGAGGUAAGUGAUAGUAUUUGUAGCAUUGCUAGCACCUUUACAUUUACAGAGGGAGUAGGGCUGGCUUUGAGGCAGAGCGUGGAAGACCCUAAAAUCCUUUCCCCAAUGAAGCCUUGAGCUAUCAGGGAGGGAUAAGGGGAAGUAAAGCGCACCUGGGAAGGAACAGUCUGUGGGGAGGGGAUGUCCCCUCAAGGGCUGCCUUUCACAUCUUUGCUCAGUUAACCCAUCAUUCCCUAAGGCUGAGCAUCUGAGCAUUCUCAUUCGUCCGUGCUAAAGAUUUUAUUGCCUGCUCUACACACCCUGCAUUGAUUUAACUAGAGAUGUGAUAACUGAUUUAGUUAAACUGGUGCAAUGUAUGUAUAAUUGCUCUUAACUCUAUUUAAAUCUGUCUCAUCUGCUUAGCUUGCCUAAAACCUGAACUGAUCUCACUGAUCUGAAUCCCCAAUAGACCUGUGUCCACAGAGCAGGUUUGGGGUUUUUUUGGUUUAAAAACCAAUUUUAGUUGAAUUGGUGUAACUUCCAUAUGUAAACAAGCUCAAUGUUUUACUGUGGCGAUAGAAUCACUGCCAGAAGUCCUUUUUCUUCCGCAUUUUCUUUUAAUGGGAUGAAUAAAAGGGGCAGUAAGCCUUAUUCUUCCUGGAAUGACUUGAAAGGCUAGUUUGUCAUUGUAAAAGAUGUGGGGUCCUUAAUAGCACUGUGUUAAACUGACAUUUGUGUAAACAUUUUUUUUAAAAUGUAUGCUAUUUGGAGUCAUGGAGAAUAUUAGAUUAGCUGUCUAAGUCUUUCCAUGAACAAUUCCAUUAAAACAAAAGGCAGUAUAUAAAGCAAAUGUAUAAUCUGUAAAGUUAACUUGACAAAAAUUGAGCAGUCUUGAAAUAAUUUGUAAUACUCGCUGCUCACGUUAUGCAUUUUAAAAUAAAAGCGAAACGAGAUAUAGAAAUCAAUUUUUUAAUUGUAAUCUCAUGAACCCUGUGUUCCUUUUUGCUAUCAUGUCGACUUCAGCUUUUUAGACUAUUAUGUAGGUUACACAGGGAAAUGGAAACUUCUCCAGCUAAUGAAGAGAAAAAUAUUUUUUAUAUUGAUUGUAGGCAGAAAAAUUACUAUAAAAUGGCAAGAUCUUACAUAGGGAACAGAUAGGAUGACUAUCUGACUAAUGCUGGCAAAGGCAAAUUGUUAUCAAGUGUCAGUACAGAAAAAUGAGCUGGAUUUUAUUCUGUCUUGCACAUCAUCAAUUUGUCGAGUAAGUUUUGACUGCAGAAUCUUUAUAUGGUAAUGAUGGAAGAGAAACUCACGUUGACUUUAAAUUUCUAGGUUGAGAAUGUUAUUGAGAGAGAAAAUGAAUAUAGAAUCCCAUGAUGUCAUUUUUAUAGUAAUCUUUCUGACAAUUACUGUGCUUUACAGCCAGCUGGUUUGUUUACUGGAUUGAAGAGCCUAUUCCUUCUCCGAAUGCUAUAAGGAUGCUUUGAUGUUCUGUUGCACUUACAUUCUCUUUUAAAUGAAAAUAUAUACAGUGACUGCCAUUAACAUGAAAAUUUUGACUUCUGUCUAAUUACUCCAGUGUGUUUCUAUGUUUAGACAUAGAUUGCUUUAAUAUAGGAAAUACCGUGGAAAUGUUACUUGCAGAAAGUGGUUAUAAACUUUGUAAUGUUAACCACUGUAGAUGGGAGGCGCUCUGUGUUCAUAACUAAACUUUAUCAUACUCUUUUUUAAUUAGAAAAUUCAAAAGAAGUUCUCUUUUUCAGAAUGCUGUGGGUUGAUUUUCCCCUCGCCCAAAUAUCUGAGAUUUUUUUUUAUUUAGUUUUAGAUAAUUGAUUUUAAUGGUGUUUAACUGCAAAGUUUUAAGUGUUACAAUGAGUCUUUGUUUUAGCUAGAGGGACUCAAAACAAGUUGUGUACAAAACUUCAAACUAGUGUAAGGGCUGGUCUUUAAAUUAAUAUAGCUCAAAUAAGAUAGGAUGUGAAUUUAAAGCAAAUGAAUGAUGCCUCAUUAAUUCUACGUGUGGACAUUUAUUCCCGAAUGAGUGCUUUAUUCAGAAUUAAUUUAAUCAAAGAGGAUUAAGCUAAUUCUGGAAUAAGAGCAUCCACCCAUGGGGCUAAUCAGGGGAAAAGAAACUGCUGCUAUGGCAUCAGUUAGUAGAUGACUAAAUUGGUAUAUUUAAGAAGCUUUCAAAGAUAGGGGCCUUUCUUCCUCCCACCCCCCAUUCCUACUCAUUCAUUCAGAGGCAUGGAAGCCUCCUGAAGGAUCAUCUCUAAUAUACAAAAAGGAGAUGGAGGAUGGGCCACCUGGUCAUGUUUUUUCACAUCUUCACCAAGUUUUACAAAUUAAAUGUGAAGGCCUCCUCUGCCACUGGAGGAAGAGACCUGUAUGCUAGUAUUCACCCUGUAACUGAUGUAUUUAAAAAAAGACAGUAUCUCAUCAUUUGUUUCCCAUGCUGGUGACACACUGCUUUUGAAUAUCCCAUUGUAAUGGAUCUGCAGGCUUUCACUGUGAAGAAUAGGAAAAUUUGCCUUAGCUGGGAAUACUUUUCUUCUAGCAUGGAAGUCAGCAGAUCCAACCCACCCACCACAAGGUUAUAGUUCUGAGGGAAACUUCAACUGUUGCCCUCUCCUCCAUUUUUUUUUGUCGGGCACAUAUGUACAUAUAUAUCCGCCGCUAAUUGGGGUGGAAUUUGAAGUUACUCUCCACUAGGAAGAGUUUAUAUAAAUUUGUUGUUCUGCCUAAUAACCUCUGAAUUAAGGUUUAAAGGAAUUACUUCUAGAGCUGCUUUGUAGAGCUUGCUAACUGGGUCUUCAAGAAUGUGGCCUCUCCCAGCCUGCUUUGACUGACCUGGUAUCUGCCUCCAAUGAGCUGCAACUAUGAGUAAGACCCAUUAUAAUGGAGCUGCAGACUCUCACUAUAAAGGAGAUGUUCAGGUAGGUUUUUUAAAAAAAGGUUCCUAAUUUGGAGCCUCAUAAUACCAUUUUAGUAAGCUAUUCCACAGAGUAGAACUGUACUGUAAGCACCUACACUUAAACUGUUACCUUAAAAAUCUAUGUAUAGUGGUAUGAAAAUACCCUGUGCAAAGUGUCAUGAGGCAUAUAAUAAAACUCUUCUUACAACUUUACAAAACUACUCAGUAGCAAAUCCAUAGUUAAUCAGAGUAACUCUUAAUUACCUGUAAUUCAAAUACUCUGACCAAUUUUCUACAUAAAUGGAACAGCUGUGUCAUUCUGUAACUAGUUCAUUGUUAGAAAUGAACAAAUAGAAUUACUAAACCAACAUUUACAUAGAGAGCCUGGACUAAAAUACUGGUCUCUCAUUCACUGCUCUAAAAACAUAGGCUUGUUCCAGUUGAGGUAAAAGAAGCUCUCGGUUAUGCUGUCAGCCCUUAUUUAUAUUCUUGAAGCUACAUCCAAUCAAGAGGGCAACAUGCUCAUUGAGAAUGACCUGGAUCACCAUGCUAUUCCCUAUCCUACUACACAUGUAAUGUGAUCUUGUCCAAAAUUCUUAUUUCUUUUGCAGCUUUAGAAAGAUAAGCAGCAAAUGUCAAGGUGAGAUUGCUAACAGUUCUCAAUAAAACCUUGCCCGAGCUUCCCCUCAGACUGGUUUAUUCCCAGGGUUGCUCACUGCAGGGUUUCCUGUACCCAGCUGUUUUGCCUCUGAGAGCCAUUGAGCUUUUAUUGGUUGCUGACCUGGUUCAAGUGAAACCCACCUAAUUUUGUUACUAAAGAGAGACUUAUAGACAGCAUGUCUGGCUUUAGGAACCUCUCACUUUGCUACAACAAUUCCUGUGUAAAUUUGUUUAAGAACAACCUAAUUACUUCAAAUUAUAGACUAUGUACUAGCUCUUAAGGAAUUUUAACUAUAUGGCAAGUUCGAAGGAGUAAUAAGUUAGUUUUUGCUUUCUCCAAGAGCUUCAAACAGCACGCAAAGCAUCAAUUGGAAUAAACAAAAAAGUGCUGCUUUAAUUCCCAUUUCCUCAGUGUAACUAUAGAAGAGGCUGCUCCAGAGGUACUGUACACAGCUUACCAAAAGGUAUGUGAAUUCUCAGGCAAAGUGAUCAACCGCACAAUCCUAAGAUCAAGUUGAAAGUGUAUCAGGAAGUACCUAGUGCUGUGGAAGGUAGGGUGGAGUUCUGGUCGUCUCUAAGGUUGCAGCCAAGUUCCAACAUAAGCCUUAGUUUAGCUGCCCAAACUUUAGCAAAGGACAAUUUUUUUUCUUGAAAAGGUAGGAAAAAAAAUUGGCCAAUGUGUUCAAGCUAAAAGGUUACCCUUGACAGAUACUAGUCAAACAUUACUUCAGGUUACCCAUAAUUCCCUACUUUUAAAAUAAAUUUAGCUCUGUAUUUGUAUACAAUAGAUAAAAAUGACUGAACUGCUUCUAUUAAACAUGUUCAUUUCUAUUUUAAUAAAAUGCAUUUUUUUUCUGUUUUUACUGGCAAAGUUGAGCAUGUAGAUCUGUUUAAACUAUGAAAUUUUCUUUACACUUUGGCAAAGCUGGCUUAGAUGUUCUCUCAAGGAGCAUUGUAAUCCAUUGGUCUUGGAGGCAAUGGAUACCAUUUAAUGUGAACACCCCUGCUCCAACACUUUAGAUGU